AUGGAUGCAUCGAAUGGUCUUACUUGCUUGUGUUGUCAAGCUAUGUUUGAAAAUGGUAAUCUGCAACGAGAACAUUAUAAAACUGACUGGCAUCGAUACAAUCUGAAACGAAAAAUCACUGGUUUUCCUACUGUCACUGAAGAACAGUUUAAGCAAAAAGUCAUUGCUUAUAGAAAAGAGACAGCAGCAGAGAGAAAUGCAGAGACGAAAAUGAUUAUUUGUGAAUGUUGUAACAAACAGUUUCAAUCGACAAAUACAUAUGAUAACCACCUGAAUUCUAGAAAGCAUAAAGAAAGUGAAACACGUUCAUUUAAAGGAGACGCCAUGAAGAGAACCAAAAAAGUGGCAGUCACAGAAAAGCAGAUGAAUGACCUCCAUUACAAUCAUUUCAGUAGAGUAAACAUUCAAGAGAAUGAUGGUAAUGAUGAUGACAGUGACGGUUGGAUUACUGAUGGUGGUACAGAGGACGAAAAUUUCGAUGAAUCUGAGAUUAUUCCGGAAACAAUUUGCUUGUUUUGCAAUUAUGAUUCGGAGGAUGCGGAAGCAAAUUUGAUACAUAUGAGCAUAUCGCAUGGGUUUUUCCUUCCAGAUGCAGAGUUCUGCACAGACGUUUGUGGCAUGCUGUAUUAUUUAGGUUUAAAAGUUGGUGGUGAUAAUAGGUGCUUGGUAUGUAAUGAGCGGAAAAGAUUUUACUCAUUGGACGCAUGUCAGAAGCACAUGCGCGAUAAGGGACAUUGCCGUGUUGCCUGCGGUGUAGAGGAAAUGAUCGAGUUUGAAGAGUUUUAUGAUUAUAGUUCCAUGUAUCCAGAAGGAGAAGAUAUUAGUGAUAAAUCUUAUCCUAUUAUUUUAACGGAUGACGGUUACACACUUACUUUGCCAUCAGGUGCGAAAAUUGGACAUCGUUCGUUAUUACGUUAUUAUAAACAGCGUUUGAAGUCGGUGGAAUGUGAAUCUAAAAGUGAUCGUCAAAAAAAAGAGGCUCUCAAAAAAGCUGUACUUGGGCAAUAUAAAAAGUUGGGUUGGACAGGAACAUCUGGAACACUGACAAUGCAGCGAGCAAAGGAUGUGCGAUAUAUGAAAAUAAAUUCUAAAAACUGGGUUAAAUUGGGCCUUAAUAAUAGCCGUUUAUUUAAAUCUCGUGGUAGAAGUGAUCAAUGA